AUGUGCAACUGUGCUUUCCAGGUGAGGUGGAAAUCAAAUGUGUUUAAGCUGUUCUUUGUACAUACUUGGAAAGAUGAACAGUUGUUGGGCAAUUGACGUUUGGUACAUGGGAGGUUUUUAAAAUAUAAUAUGUUGUGUAUUUACAUUGAUGUCCAAACAUAAAACUUGAAAAUGUACUAUGAGGUGUACUCUAUUUGAAUGCCAUGUUUUAGAAGCUAGUUCUAACCAUGAUCUAGCAUGUUGCAGAGUAGGAUUGGGAUAAAACUCUGCAAUGAUCCUUCAUUUCUUGCUGGGUGGCUGUGUAUGUGUUCCAACAGAUCCAUGAAGCCCACUUGCUCUUUCUGAAGACCUUAGAAUGCUGUACUUGGUAUCAUAUUUUAAACUGUACCGCAUAGCUCAAUCUGUUAAAAAGAGAACUUCCCUGGGUGCCCUUUCUCGCCAUUGUUACAAGGGCAUCAAGUGCUACAGAGAUGAAAUCCACGAACUCUCUCUUUCUGAGGCUUCAGUGGAGAAAACCUUUACCAGAUUCUGAGUAGCACUAGCCCUGAGCAUCAGUGUGGGAGAUGGAAGUAGAUUUUGCCAAAGUGCCCUGACAAAAUUGUUCUGUGUCCAAGACACAAAGACCAUGUGGUCAAGUUGUGUAGAAUCUCCCCCUCAUGCACACCUUUGGUAUAGCAGCAUUAGUGAUUGAAGGCAGUGUGGUUUUUAUUUUAUUUUUUGAUAUAUAUUUUUUUCAUAUUCCCCCAUUCUACAGCUGCAAGAGUCGUCAGCUAUGUGUCUGUACCACAUGUAAGUAUUUUAUUUAUAUUUAUAAAGUCUGCCAAGCCCAUUUUUAAAGUGCAUUGAGGACAUCAAGGAGCUGUAAUUAAAAACAAAACACUCCAUUCACCACCACUUCUGUAACUGCCACUUUGGCUACAGUGCUCAUUGAAUAACAUGACCAGCUGGAUAAUGGAGAAGCCAAAACAUUUUCCUUAAACUUGAGAUAUUUCUGUUUAUCUAGUCACUAAUUUUUGGUGAUUUGCUCUCAGAUCCUGAGCAAGGGGAACAAAAUCUGGCCCUCUUGCAUUGUAUGUUUACAUGUACAGUAUACUUGCAUGCUAUUUAGAGAACUAGUCCAUUUGAGGAGAAGCAAAGUAGUCUUGUUGCAGCCAGUGUGGCAAAUUUCUAGUGGGAGGGGGCAGAAGUUCUCUGGACAAAUCCUCUGGGUGUACUUCAAAAAUAGAAAGCUUCCAGCACAUCCUACCAGCUGUUUUGAGCUCCUUUUUGCUGCCUUACUGUGUUCAGUGAUGUUAAAAUUGACAAGCAUAUAUCUGAUGUCUAGUGAUGUCAGCUUCCUGUCUGAGAACACAAGACCUUCCAGCUUGCUGAGGGAGGAAUGAAUGGGUAUAUAUACAAAAUAAAAUAAAAAAUGCUUCCAAUUUCCUUAAUUACAGGAUGUAUAUUCCUGAACGAGGAGCAGCUGUGUGGAAAGCCCUUAAGAGGUAUGUUUGAGGACCAGUGCAUCUGAAUGAUGGGGAGGUGAGACCUUUGUGCGCUGGGUGUGUUUCAAUUGUUUGCGCUUGACUGUUUAGUUUGAAAUGAUGACCUACGUUGAUGGACGACAUUUAGUCUCAUGGCAAUAGAGUUACCAAAGCCCUGAUCAAACUGCUGCUCCUCCGCGUAGCAAAUGCAUUCUGUCUUGAGCUUCCUUUUACUGAACAAGUUCUUAUGUCCUACACAGGUACAAGGGCCCUGGCCAAAAAAAGUGAGUAUUGGAGCUACAACUCAUUUUUAAAUUUAUGCACUGUUUAAUAUAGGGGUGGGGAUGUUGUUAAGAGUCUCAGCUUCCAUCAGCCCUGGCCAGCAUUAGCAGGGAUUUUGGGAGUUGUAGUUGAGCAACAUCUGGAGGACCUGACAUGUUCCUAACCUCUGGAUUAGUGUAUUGUUGCUCUUGCUUUUGUAUUGCCACCCAACUCGCACCUGCUGUCUCCCCAGUGAUGAGACUUUUACCGCCCCAGUCUGAUUUCUUGUGACUGAGUGGUCCUUUCUGAGGCUUAAGAGCUCAGCAGGACUUGGGUGAGGUUGGAUGGUCAUAGCUGCAAAUCAGGACUUAAUAAUAAUCAUUUUCUCUUGCUUUCCAGGAUCUGCAGUUUCUUUCAAACAGCAGAAUGGAGCAGUUAA